GAUGGCGUCGACGCAUUUCAAUGAGAAGCUAAAGAAAUUGUCAAAAUUGACCUCACCCCCAAAUUAUUGCAUCUACAGAGCGCCUAAGCGUCUACACCAAGAAAAUGAAGAAGCUUAUACACCUCAAAUAGUCUCCAUUGGCCCUCUUCACCAUGGGGAACUACACUUGGAAUUCAUGGAAGAAAAAAAGAUACCUGCAAGAGUUUCUGGAGCGAACUGGUUUAAGUGUCGAAGAACUUUGUGAUUUGAUAAGCACGAAGGAAGACACAUUACAUAGCUGUUAUGCUGAAACAAUCAAAUUUGAUAAGGAUGCAUUUGUGGAAAUAAUUCUGGUGGACAUGGCCUUCAUUGUUGAACUCUUGUUGAGAUAUAGUUUCAGAGAACUGCAAACGAGAGAAGACUGUAUAUUUGGAAAACCAUGUUUGAUUCAAGAUAUAUGGAACGACAUGUGGUUGGUUGAGAAUCAAAUUCCAUUUUUCAUUCUUGAGGAAAUUUUUAACCUACAAAAAGUGAGUGCCACUAUCUCGGCCAUACUUAAGAAGCCGAAGCCACAGUUCAUCAAGCUUACAUUCAAAUAUUUCAAGAGUUUAGAGGCAGUAAAUGGCAAAUUAGAGAGAUUCAAGGAUGCAACAAAUGGGGUAGAAGUUAAACAUUUCACUGAUCUCUUGAGAAUUUGCCAUCUACCGUCUGAAGAGCAAACGAAAGAGCAAGAAAAAAAGAAAAAGUCAAAUGAAGAAUCCGAAAAGAAGAAAAGAAAAGUUGUGACUGCACCGAGUGUGAUCCAACUCCUUAAUGCUGGAGCCGAGUUGAAAUUGAGCGAAAGCAAAGAUUCAUUCCAAAUAAGUUUCAAGAAGGGGACUUUGGAAAUGCCACCACUGAAAUUAGAGCUUGAAACUGAAUCUUUGUUUCGAAAUUUGAUUGCUUUCGAGCAGCGUCAUUACUCCAGUAAUUACAUAAACGAUUAUGUUUUUAUCAUUCAUCAUCUUGCCAACACUCCCAAAGAUAUUGAGUUGCUUGUUGAGAAACAGAUUAUUGAAAAUUAGUUACCAGAUACAGAAGGAGCAUCAACUCUUUUGAAUAACCUCUCAAAAGGGAUAACUUUGGAUCCUGAGAAUUUUUAUUUUUCUUAUCUUUGUGAAGAAAUGGAAAAUUACCGUGCAAAACGCUUACAGUCAUUCAAACAGUGUUUUCUGUUCUCCAAGCGACGAAUCAAGGAAAUGCCUGCUCUUAGAUUCAUUAUAUCCCCUGUGUUGUUUCUUAUACUUGUACUUUUUUUGUGUUGUUAUAACAAGGCUUUGUUUGUUUUUGAUUUUACCUCUUGAGUUGUUUCAAAGCGUUUUAGUUUGUGUUUUUGUGGGUUUUUCCUUGUAUUGGC